UCAUCCCUAGCCCUCUGCGCCCCUGGCAGCCUCCAGCGUUCGUCCCCAGGCAGCAUGGUGAGGUCUGUUCUGGGUCCCUCGCCACCAUGUACGUGAGCUACCUCCUAGACAAGGACGUGAGCAUGUAUCCCAGCUCCGUGCGCCACUCGGGCGGCCUCAACCUCGCGCCGCAGAACUUUGUCAGCCCCCCGCAGUACCCGGACUAUGGUGGUUACCACGUGGCGGCCGCGGCUGCUGCUGCGGCGAACUUGGACAGCGCUCAGUCGCCAGGACCAUCCUGGUCCACCGCGUACGGUGCCCCUCUCCGCGAGGACUGGAACGGCUACCCGCCUGGGGGCGCUGCCGCGGCCAACGCUGUAGCCCACGGCCUCAACGGGGGCUCCCCGGCCGCCGCUAUGGGCUACAGCAGCCCCGCCGACUACCACGCUCACCAUCACCCGCAUCACCACCCGCACCAUCCGGCCGCCGCGCCGUCCUGCGCCUCCGGCUUGCUGCAGACGCUCAAUCCCGGCCCUCCGGGGCCCGCAGCCACCGGCGCCGCCGAGCAGCUGUCCCCCAGCGGCCAGCGGCGAAACCUGUGCGAGUGGAUGCGGAAGCCCGCGCAACCGUCUCUGGGAAGCCAAGUGAAAACCAGGACGAAAGACAAAUACCGGGUGGUGUACACAGACCAUCAGCGGCUGGAGCUAGAGAAGGAGUUUCACUAUAGUCGAUACAUCACCAUCAGGAGGAAAGCUGAACUGGCAGCCACACUGGGGCUCUCCGAGAGGCAGGUUAAAAUUUGGUUUCAGAACCGCAGAGCCAAGGAAAGGAAAAUCAACAAGAAGAAACUGCAGCAGCAGCAGCAGCAGCAGCCGGCACCCCCUCCACCACAGCCCUCGCAGCCACAGCCGCAGCCAGGGGCGCUGAGGAGCGUGCCGGAGCCCUUGAGUCCUGUAUCAUCACUGCAAGGCUCGGUGCCUGGUUCUGUCCCUGGGGUUCUAGGGCCAGCUGGAGGGGUGUUAAACCCCACUGUCACCCAGUGACCCUUCCCAUGGUCUGUAGCGGCGGCAGAGCAAUUCCAGGCUGAGCCAUGUGGAGCAUGGGCGCUGCUAGAAUCCUCAGACGAGACCCCUCUCCUGCCACCCACAAACAACACCUACAGAUGAAGAAUGGGGGACAGAAGCAAAGACAAGUGGGAUUGUGGGCCUCAGGGGAAGAUAUGGUCCAGUUUUUUAUUUUUUCCAUUCUGACUCUUCCUGCUAGUGAUGAGAGAGGAAGUGAUCGCAGGGGCUUCGUUCAGGCACCAAGCUUUCAGCCUCUUGUGCCUCAGCCCUUUGCCUCCCGCAAGGACUGUAUUUCUGGUUGCAACUGAAGAGAGAGUGAGGCUGGGGGAAUGAGCAAUACUUGAGCCAAGAUGGCUGUUUCCUGCAGACUGCUUUCUGAGAACCAGCUGGAUGUCCUGCCUCAGGGGCAGGGACAGUUCAUACUGCAGGAGCCAGAGGCAGCUGCGUUGAAGGCUGGGCUGAUCAAAGUCUGCAGAACCCCCAGGUGGUCUGUGUUUUCUUCUCCCUUUUCAGACCUGGAAGGGUUGGUGGGUUCAGGGGCUGUGGCCAGAGGAGGGGGUGGUUAGCCAACUCCAGGCCCCUGCGACAAGGGCUUGUUUGGAAAGCCUGUCACCAGAGCUGCUGUAGGCUGAAUGUAUGUCUGUGUUGUAAAUGCCAGAGCCAACCUGGACUUCCUGUCCUUUCCCUAGUCUCUGGCUGGUGAAAAACAUAGUUGUUGCUGCUGUUGGAGCCAUUGAUCUGUGUAACGAGCUUUAAGCAAGCCUUUUAAAAAGCCAUGGGUAGAGAAGCGAUAUGGUGAGGGGAAGUGGGGGGUAUCCGAACACAGUCGACUUUUAUUUUCUAAAAAGACAAAAAGAUAAAACCAACUCUACAGAUUUCCGAACCUGACGUUUAUCUUCUUUGGAUUUUGACAGAAAUUAAUUUUUACAGGAAAUAAAAUAUCUUCACUGAUUGCAA